CCAGUUCGCUUCGUUGUUUUCUGCGCCGGUGAAAGUUCUAUCAUAUAAAAUCCCAAAAAUGAAACGAAGGCCUCAAAAGGAUGUUCGUCUAGGACUAGCCGGUAAAAAUGGCCGGGCUAGGUCGAAUCAACCAAAAUCACGUAAAAAUUUGCGAAAGGAAAAACGGCAGCAGAAAAAACUGAAUCGUUUUAACUAUCACAAUCGCAGCCGUAAAGAUCGCUUUGGGGAUGAGUACGAUGAGGGUAACGGCCACAAGAAACACCAGGGAAGGUUUGGUCAGCAACCCCACGGUGACCACUCCGAUGAAGAGUUUGAUGAUGAGGAAAUUGAAUCGGAUUUUAGUGAUGAUCAGGAGGAACCGAAGAUGAAACAAACUCAAAAACAAAAGCAAAAGCAAAAGACUAAGGCAAGUCGGAUGGACUUGGAGCGGGAGCAGGAAAUGAAUGAGUUGAGGGACUACGAAGAAAGCUUGAAACAAAAGCGUAUCGAACAGCUGGAGGCCGCCAACGAAGAAGAUGAUCGAGUUAUAAAAAAGUAUGAAAAACUUCUUAAAAUUAAUCGUGGUAAAAACCAGCAAGGUGUGGCAAAAAGUUUCAACGAUGGUCUUGAUUACGCACUCGAAUUGUGUACAGAUGAGAAUAUUCGGAAGAUGUAUGAAGCGGCAAAGGAAGCGGCAGAGCUUGAAGAAAACUCGUCCGACGAGUUUAUCGAAGAUCUCCAGCAAGCUGUUGGUGCUCGUGCUGAUGAAACGAAGAAUGGAGAUCAGUUGGAAUCCUUGCCCAAUGUGGCUAUAUCUGAAAAAGAACGAAAAAGGGUGGAAAAAUUGAAGAAAAUAGAAGAGAAAUAUCUUGGCUUGGAUGAGAUCGACGAUUUGGGUGAUUACGAUUCGGAAAUGGAAAUGGACCAGGAGGAUGGGGAUGCAUCAGAUGAUGAUUCUGGAAGCGAUGAACUCGACGAUUUCGAUGAUGAAGAUAGUUUGGAAUCGGAAGACGAGGAGAUGGAACCCAAAAACAAAAAGCAAAAAGUUACAUUUGCCGCCGAUGUGAAACCUUCGAAGAAUGGAAAGAAACAGAAAUCCGUGGCAAGUGAUUCGGAGGAUUUAGAUGAGAGCGAGUAUGAUGAUGAAGACAGCGAAAAAGAGGAUUUGGGACCUAAUAAAACGAUAAAAAAGCCACCAAACAAGAAAACAAAUCAACGACAAAGUGCAGAGCCUGCUGGAUGCGAAGAAGAGGGCUUCAUUCCUGGUCGCUUCGUUCUGCUAAAACCUAAAGCAACAACAAAAUCCAAACAAAUUGAUAAAAACAAAGCUAAGUCUAAUGAAGGUAACAAAAAGGAACAACCUUCGGAAGAUUCCGAUUUCAACGACAGUUGUUCUUUUGAAGAUGAUAGUAAUGAUGAUGAUGAGCUUAACGAUGGUUUAGACGAUAUACUAAAAGCUACAGAAUCAGAUGAACCGUCAAAUGAGGAAGAUCCAAAAGAAGGGGUCUCCGUUGACGAUGGAACAUGGGAGGAUAUUUACGGCCGAAAAAGAGACAAAGCAGGCAAUGUAAUAAAAGAAGACCACACUGCUAUCCCUGGAAAGUACGUUCCACCGCAUCUGCGUGCAAAAUUGGAGGCAGAAGGGGCGGCCAAUGCGUCUUCUGUCGAUCCGAAGCAAAAGGAAAAAUUAAUGCGACUGCGGCGUCAGUUGAAGGGUCAAAUAAACCGGCUUGCUGAAACAAACGUACACCGGAUAUCCAUCGACUUGGACAAUCUGUACAUGCAAAAUGCACGCCACGACAUGAAUAGCACUCUAGCGGCGCUCAUUCAAGAGGCGAUCGUGGCACCCACACUGACCCCCGGUAGGAUGGUGCUAGAGCACGUACUGCUGAUCGCUAUUUUGCACGCGAAUGUCGGUAAUGAAGUGGGAUCACACUUUCUCGAAACGAUUGUGGAGCGAUUCCUGGCACUGGCCAAAGAUAUAGGCACGAUUGACAAUGAGUCAAAGCAGUUGGACAAUUGCAUACAAAUCUUAUGCCACCUGUACACUUUUGAAAUCGUCAAGUGUAAGUUGGUCUUCGAAGUAAUACAGAAGCUGGUGGACUGUUUCAAUGAGAAAUCGGUGGAAUGCAUUCUGCUGGUGUUGCGUUCGAUUGGAUUUAUCUUGCGCAAGGACGAUCCACUGGCACUGAAAGAUUUGAUUUUGGAAAUACAGAAAAAGGCGGCAAAUGCUCCGGAUGCGUUUAAAAACGACACUCGGGUCAAGUUUAUGCUGGAAACAUUGCUUGCGGUGAAGAAUAACAAUAUCAAUAAAAUCCCUCAGUACGAUCCAACACUGGUGGAACACUUCCGGAAGCUGCUGAAGGGAAUGAUAACGAAUGGAAAGUACGUGUCAACGCUUAACAUCGGUCUGCAGGACAUCAUCGACAUACCGCAGCGCGGCAAAUGGUGGCUCGUCGGAUCGGCCUGGCAAGGAAAUAAGGAUGGUCCGGCGAGCGACCCUGGUAUGGCGGGUGGAAAAGAGCGCCUUAUGGAUGGAGGGCAGUUCAGCCAACAGCUGCUGGAACUGGCAAGACAGCAGCGUAUGAACACGGACGAUCGUCGGAACGUGUUCUGCAUCGUGAUGAGCGCCGAAGACUAUCUGGAUGCAUUUGAGAAGCUACUGCGGCUGGCGAUCAAGGAUUUGCGCGUGGUCGUGUCCGUCAUUAUUCACUGCAGCCUGGCAGAAAAGGAGUACAACCCGUACUACAGCGUGCUUUCUCAGAAAUUCUGCGAUUACGAUCGUCGGUACCAGCUCGCCAUUCAGUAUGCACUAUGGGAUCGGCUGAAGGAAAUCCACUCGCUACAGCAGCCACAGAUCCGCAAUCUGGCCAGGUUCAUCACGCAUCUCGUUGCCGAGGGUGGUUUGGCCAUCUCCUGCCUCAAGGUGAUCGAUUUUGCCGAUAUCGAUAAGGUGAGCUUACGGCUGAUGCGACAAAUCAUGCUGGGUCUUCUGCUGCUAGAGGAGGAAAACAAGUGUCUCCAUGUGUUCAGUCGCAUUUCGGCGAGUUUCAAGCUGAAGCCCUUCAAGGAUAGUUUGCGCCUGUUCAUGCACCACUUCCUGGCCCGCGGGAGCAAAUCUAAUACACAAUUACCCCACGACCAGGCGUUGUUGUUGCAGGACCGAAUCAAACAGGCGGAUCAGUUGCUUGGUACGGAGGGAACCAGUUUUGCGUAUGAUGAUGAUUGAAGAAGUUGUUUAGGUAGAAUCACAGUUAAAUUGUUAAUAAAUUUCUAAAUGAAUAGAUGAGUGCACAUCUUAACACCGUACCAAAGCGUUUCGAAUGGGAUAAAUAAAAUAAGAGAAAAAUGGUUUUGGGAGCAAAUUUAUCUGGUCAGACUGCUAUAAUUAU